ACAGACUAGACUACAGCCUGAACUCUUUGCGUAUCUCACGUGCACGCUGAAAACAUAUAUACACCCACCUAUACUCAAAGACAGACAGACAAAUAUUCACAUACUAAUCAGACAUACAUAUUAUUGGCUCUCUACCACAGCGAAAGUGAGUGAAAAAGACACAAAGCUACAGCAGAAGUCACCAUGAAAGGACCGAACGGAAAAUCUGUGCUACUCAACCGGGCAACGGUUUCGAUCAGUUCCACCAUCUACGAUAGGAGAGCGUUGGACUGCACAGAUGACAAGGCGCUUGUGAACUCUCUCAACCAUUUAACCUUUUUGACGUCUUCCUCAUUGAAAGUAAGGGAUGCGAUGAUUCAGGAUGGCGCCAUAGAGCGCUUGGUUGGCAUUUUAUACGAAUGCAGGGAUCCGAAGAACGACACGGACUCGAUCAUGUUUGCUUGGAAAUGGGUGUUGUCUUUGCAAUGCUUGGUUUUGGCAGGUACAAGAGGAAGUGAAAAGAUGAGGAAGAAGUUAGUGGACGCAGGCAUUAUCCCAAUUUUGGCCACGAUUCUUGACAACCACUUUCUCACGAAAAAGAACGCAGUGAAAAAUGACAUGAAUCCGCUCGAAACUAGGGCCACAAACAACUUCGAAUCGGGACUAUCCGGCACUAGCGGAGGAAAUAAUACCAACAGCAAUGAUAACAGCAAUAGCCACGAUAGUGAUGAUAAUGGCGGUGGCAACGGUGCUAAUAAUAACUCCAACAGAAACAACAACCAAACAUCGAAUGCCAACGAUUUCACUCGAUCAUUGGAAGGUUCAGAUGUUAUAAUCAAUGAUGAUAUGAAUGACAACGAAAUUGCAAAUGUUUUUAGAGAGGUAAGAACAGUUGUUGGACAUGCUGACGAAGCAAUACUCGAUGCACAAGAUGAGAUUGAAAAAUUCCUCAAAGUAAAUAACGACCAACAUGAGCCCACUCAUUCAACCAGUCUCUUAUACGAAGAAGAAAUCGAAUUAUUGAACGUGGUUGAACUUGUCAAAUGUUUCCAAAAGCUAGGAGAUUGCAACUUACAUGAAGAUGUUUCCCGUUUAAUGAACGAAAAUUUCAAAAAUGUGAUGACAGAUUCGAUAUUAGCAAAUGAGCUAACCCAUCGUUUAGAGCUUUCGAAUAUAUUAUCCACAUCGUCCAACCCUUUCGACUGUUUAGCUGCCAACACAAAGCACUUGAAUCCUUUGAGCCACACUGUGCCGAGAAGCUUUGAGAAUGGGUUGAUAUUACCAGCAACUGAUGAUGUCAUUUGGUCUUUGCAACUUCUAGCAUUCAUUUCCAAAUACACAUACCUUAGACAUUCAUUGUCAAACACAUAUUUGAUUAAUGGCUUAUCAUUCAGAAGUAGAAAUAAUCCACCACCGUUAGAAGUAGAUUCGACAAGUAUAGAUUUGGAUGAGUUUAUGACAGACUUGAACGAUGAUCCGUUGUUGGCAUCUUCCUUUGAUAUUCAACGUCCAGCUGAAUUCGACAACACAAAUUUGCGUUUAAACUUAAAGUUUCAUCAACCAUUGUUAGUCACGAAACAAGAAGAACGACUUUUAAGAUUGAAGAAUUUGGAGGAUGAUGAAGAUAAGGGGAUUGUUGAAGAUUAUCUGAAAAUCAUACGAACCGAUGACCAUUUAGAAAAAAUCAAAUAUCUUGAGAAGAUUAGAUUGAACUCUGUGAGAUUAAAGCAUGAAUCAUUAGGUAAGUUGAGAACGAAGAACAGGCUGAUAUAUAGAAACAAACUAAAGGAUUAUGCUGCAAAAUGGGAUUAUGAUGAAGCUUGGAACGAGUUUGAGACUCCAUUGGACACAUCUGAGCUAAUCGAUCGAGAAAUUCAGCCUUUUGUGACACUUAACAUUUUCCCUCUUGUUGAGAGAUUCACGGUCAAAACCUGGUUCCAAGAAGAUAUAUGCUACUGGGCAGCAGUUGUUGUGCGAAAUGCCAAUAGGAAGGAUGAGAAAAUGGGCGGUAGAAGACAGUGCGCAAAUUUCAAUUGCGGAAUUUGGGAAGACCAUCCAAAACAGUUCUCCAAGUGUAGGAGAUGCAAGAGAGCCAAAUACUGCUCGAGGAAUUGUCAAACCAAGGCGUGGGUCUUUCAUAAACAUUGGUGUGUCCCUGCUAUUGCCCCUAACUCGAUGAACAACAACACUAAUGUGUCGUCUGCAUCAUCAGAGCAUCCACAUUCGCACGAUCACGCACUGACUUCUUCCGCUACUACACACACACAAGGGAACACCCAAGGGAGUAGUUCCGCGGGAACUAAUACGACAGUUCCAUCAGGGUCAUCUGUAGGACCUCGAACUAUAGCUUCCACAGAUUUUUCUGUAUCGGUAUCCGGUAUAGCCAGUACAGAAAGUGGAGUGGAUUCUAGGGGAACGGGUAGUAGUCGUGUUGAAGGAACAUCACAAACAUUUUCGGUAAGCCAUCACAACCACAACGUCGAACCGAAUACUGCGGCAACAAACGGUAACAACGGAAGCAACAACAAUAACAACAAUAGCAGCAACGGCGUUAAUUACUAUGGAUCAUCGUCCUCAAAUAUUGAGGAGCCAUGAGCCAGAAUUAGAGGUA